UUUAAAAGAUAUCAUUUGGUAAUAAUAAUAAUAAUGGCUUUUUGGGAUACAGAACCUACCGAUGCCUGUGCCGCCAAAGCAACGGCUCUUAAAAAUACUGUCACUUCAAGCAAUGCAUUUAAUGGUAUAGUAGUUCCCACAUCCGGAUGGCAAUUGGAAAUCAUGAAAAUGCCGAUAAACACUACUGUUGAUGACUUGACCACAAUGUUUACAAAAUACGGUCAGUUAGACAAAGCGGCCCUUAUUUAUAAAUUGAAAGACAAUACAGUUAACUGUUAUGUUAGUUUCGAUAAUCCCAUUGAUAGCGAAACGGCACUUCAAGAGGACGGUCGCAAAGUUAAUACUGAACUCAUAUCUGUCAUAAAGUUUGUGGACAGCAAUGGCGACAAAGGCAACAAACGACUGCGUACUGAUGACAACUCUACUUCUAAUGGCUGGGGAUCUACUACCACAUCUUCGAGUGACGGUUGGGGUGCCGACUCAUUUGGUGGCGGAGAUUCCAGCUCUCGUGGUCGAGGGCGCGGACGCGGUGGUGGGGGUGGUGGUGGUGGUCGCGCAUGUUUCAAUUGUGGCGAUGAUGGGCAUAUGUCUCGCGAGUGUCCUAAACCAAAAAAGAAUGGCGGAGGUGGUGGUCGCUCGUGUUUCAAGUGUGGUGAAGAGGGACAUAUGUCACGCGAGUGUCCCAAAGGAGGGGGCAAUAAAUGCUUCAAUUGUCAAGGAGAGGGUCAUAUAUCGCGCGAUUGUACCCAACCCAGGUCUUCAAGAGGACGUGGUCGCGGUGGUCGUGGAGGUGGUGGUGGCGGAGGACACGGAGGUGAUUCGUAUGGCGCAAGUUCUGGUGGUGGCGACAGUUGGGGAACUUCAGGAGGUGAUUCAUGGGGAACUAGCGCUUCUAGUGGUGCUACUGGACCUUCUCCCGCAGCUCCUGCAGCCGCCAGCAAUGGUGGAGAUGACGGUUGGGAUUAAUUUUUUUGUGCGAAAAAGUGUUUUUAAAAAAUUCUCUUAAUUGUUAAUAUUUAUUCUUAAAAUGUUA